UUUUCUGCUGUCAACAACACAAAAAUAAAAAAUCCAUCCCAUCCCCUUCAUCGUUCCUUCUCCUUCUACAACUCUCCCUCUACUCCUCUGUAUGUACCCAUCAGUCUCUUUUCUCGAUUCCCGUCCAAGCAAACCAGACCCAUUAAUCGGCCAUUCCCGCAGCUCCACACAAACUCAUCACUCGUCGAUUUUGCGCUCUCGCUCGAGAGACCUGGAAGCCGAGGAACUCAUGGUGAGUUCGAUGGGGAAUGUGGGCAAUGUUGAAAUGGGGCCGCCAUGGCUCAUCCCGAUGCUGAGGGCCAACUACUUCGUGCCGUGCUUGAUCCACGGGGACUCGCACAAGAGCGAAUGCAACUUGUUCUGCUUCGACUGCAUUGGGAAUGCCUUCUGCUCAUACUGUCAGGUCAAUCACAGGGACCACAAUGUCAUUCAGAUAAGGAGGUCGUCGUAUCACAACGUGGUGAGGGUGAGCGACAUCCAGAAGCACAUUGACAUCUCCUGCAUUCAGACCUAUGUCAUCAACAGUGCAAAGGUCGUGUUCCUCAACGAGAGGGCGCAGCCGAGGCCCGGGAAGGGGGUGACCAACACCUGUGAGAUUUGCUGCCGGAGCCUCCCGGAGUCCUUCCGAUUCUGCUCCCUCGGGUGCAAGCUCAAUGCCAUAAGGAGAGGCGAACAGGGCCUGACUUUCAGGCUGAGAUCGCCGAAGCACGGGAGAGAUGCUGCCCAAAGCAGAAGCGGGUACGAAUCAGAUGAGUCAUCCGCGCCGAGGAAGAUGCAGAAGUCUCAGCUCUUCAGCCGCCUGAUGAGUGGGCUGGCCAUUGCCUCCAGUGGCGGCCGCAAGUUUGAUGCCGGAGAUUGGAGGUCCUCGAGCUCCGGAGACUCCAGCAUCUCCCCAACAACUCCUCCUAUAUACAACCACAGGAACUCCAGGAGAAGGAAGGGCAUACCUCACCGUGCCCCGUUUUGAUAAUUUCUCAGAUUUUGGUUGAAAACCAAAGGAAAAAAGAAAAAAGAAAAGGGGGAAGGAGAUUAGUGUGAGCAAGGACAAACCAAGGGGUUGAUAGAUAAAUAAUUCAGCAGAGGGUUUGGAGGAUCUGCUCGAUUAGUUUUAGGUGAUGCAUAGUUGGCUCGACUGGCGGAUAACGAGAUAUGGCUCGUAAAAAGUCAUUCUAAACCGAUCGGUCAAACAUGAAAAAUACCGAGAAACAUAGAUAAGGAUGGUGUUAGUUUGUGUAUAUAAAAUAGGAAAAACAAUAAAUGCUUUGUUUUCUUUUGUUUGGGUAUUUGUGAAAAGGAAAUGGAUUAUUAUUUGGUGUUUCAGUUGGUUUUAUUUAA